CAGCCCCGACCGGAAGCCGCGGAGCCCCUUGGGGGGGUGAAUACCGGGCACUGCGUCACUUCCCCUUUCUUUUCCGGACGGGGCUGGAGCGGAGCGGAGCGGGCACCAUGUCGCUCGUGAUCCCCGAGAAGUUCCAGCACAUUCUCCGCGUGCUCAACACCAACAUCGACGGGCGGCGCAAGAUCGCCUUCGCCAUCACCGCCAUCAAGGGCGUGGGCCGGCGCUAUGCCCAUGUGGUGCUCAGGAAAGCAGACAUUGACCUGACCAAGAGGGCCGGGGAGCUGACGGAGGAUGAGGUGGAGCGCGUUAUCACUAUCAUGCAGAACCCCCGGCAGUACAAGAUCCCCGACUGGUUCCUCAACAGGCAGAAGGACAUCAAGGAUGGCAAAUACAGCCAGGUGCUGGCCAACGGGCUUGACAACAAGCUGCGUGAGGACCUGGAGCGGCUGAAGAAGAUCCGGGCGCAUCGUGGUCUGCGUCACUUCUGGGGGCUACGUGUGCGAGGCCAGCACACAAAGACGACAGGCCGCCGCGGCCGCACUGUGGGUGUCUCAAAGAAGAAGUAACCUGUUCCCUGUGUAUGUAAUAAAGUGCUGUUCUCA